AUGGGUCCAAAUGACAGAAACAUAGAUGCAGCGACACAAGGUAGAUAUUCCUCUAGCAGACGACCGAACGGCGAGAAGGAAUACUACUUUGUCAAUAAAAGCCGAAAUUCCAGUCAUUUAUCACAAAGUGCAUCUAUCGAGCAGGCAAGGAUACAAAGCCACGUGCAGAGAGGCCGAAGACGCAAUCGCCCAGGCAACUCGGUUUCUUUUAGAGCAUCAGUUCUAGACCAACAGGUAGAAGCUGUUGCGAAAUGCGCUCAAGGAGACCAUACACCAAAUCCAAGGUCGGCACAGGCUGAUACUGAGCCUUUGAACAAUCCCAUCCAUGUCGCUACACCGAAAGAGCACCAUGUCAGUCUUCUCUUUGUCGACUAUCAACCCAAGCACUCCAAAGAGGAGCGUGAAUUUGAAGAUUCUCGUCGGAAAUCCCACGCUGCUCGUGAGGCGCAUCGGAGACGGCGGACUCAGUCAACCAUCACAUCUCCAACCAACCAAGCAAGUCUAUGCAAGGUAGAUCCCUUCGGCACAGCGUCGGUCAAGGUCAAUAACACUGUGGCUGGGUUACUCCACUACUACGUUUACUUUUAUCACCCAACUAUAUGGCCCAAUGAAAUGGCCAUCCUUCGUCAUGGGCUGUACACCUUUCCGGGCGCCGUGAACAGCAUCGUAAGAAUGGCCGUCGAAGACAGAUUGGCCAUGUGCUGUCUUUUAAGCGCUUCUGCCUCUCGGCUGCAGUUUGUUGAUCGGCUCCCAUGCGCUCAGGUGACCGGCAUGGAGAACUACUACCUCCACAAUGCUCUUCGAUUGCUCCGUUCUCGCAUCGACACUAGCGACUUUCAAGCCUCCGAGCAGCUGAGAAAAAUCUUGAUCUGCAUCGCGUUUCUGGUCUCAGCCGAGGCGUACAGGGAUGGAGUGUCUGCGGCUAAAACACACUUGGAGGCGGCCGUUGGGCUUCUAAGCGGGAAAGGCGGUCUCAUGUGCGUGGAAGACGAAAACUUACGCGGACAGCUCGCAAUGGGUGAUUUAUAUAUUGCCUGCGUUAACUUUGAACCCUGCUUAUUCGAUUGCGAUUAUGACCCAGGUCCAGCAAGUAGCCUUGGCUUAAGGGAGGAGGAACUGAAGCCUUUAGGGGAUGGAGGAACAGCAACUUCCUUGCUGGAAGGGAACACUUGUUUUCUUCCUUUGAGCCUCAGAGUGCUGAUUGAACAGAUACUCGACUCGUAUAGUGUGAAAAAUCGAUUACGACCCUCUUCAAUGUCGGCACCGCGGGCAUUACAAGUUACUCACUGGGUUACCAUGCGCAACAUGGCAAUCAGACACCGACUGCUGGCAUUGACGACGGAUGAUCCGAAGGUCAACGCUGUACGCGUAGCCAUAAUCAUGUGGACUCUACUUACCAUGAAUAUAACGGGCCGAACCAAAACCGUGAAAAUUAUGGCACCUAUGCUGAGAUCGAUCCUUGGCAAGGUGCCGCAAUCUGGCUGGAUUGGGAACAGCCUCGUCCAUUUAUGGAUUCUUGUGGUUGGGUUUUCAUGCACCAUCGAGAGAGGCGAUGAUUCGGCCUGGUUUGUAAAGCAGUGCUACCACGUUGGCAACUUCCAAAGAGUCCCAGACCCAAGCGGGGAUGGGCGUAGGAAUCUUGCUGAGAAGCUGGAGGACUUCCAGCGCGGUUUCUUUUUUGACGUGCAGGUGCAGAGACCCCGAACGCAGAAAUUGGCUGAGCAACUUAUCCAACUGCAAUUGGCACGAUGA